AUGGGGAUUGACACGAAUGCGGAAGCAGAAAACGGGGAUGAGAAGAUCGGAAAGAAUGAAGAGACAGAAAUGCGCACAAUGAUCCACUUGAUUGCGCUCUGUUUUUGUAUCUCUGUUCUUUUUGUGCCAACUUUCGGGUGUGCCCGAGGAGUGGAGGAACCACCACCGCCCGUGCCAGGUGAGAACAAUUUUGAUGCGGAAGAAAUGAUAUCCAGUCAACUCUUCACAAUUAUCAUGAACAAUAUCUCAUGUGCCACAUGUGAUGAGGAUCUCGAGGACAAGAUCGCACCCACCGAAUUCGCCUUUCCGCCCACGCCCGGCGGGCCCACCGAUAAACCGAUCGUGUUCACCUACAAAACUGCACCGAAUGGAUGUCUGGUCGCCUCAGCAGUGUGCAACCCAUCUGCUGGACCCGCAGUGAUCUCGGCACUUAUAAUCACGGAAAAAGAGCUCACCGGUCCCGGCACUCCACAAACUGAAACUCUUCAAAUUCCCCAAGAGGGUGGACCAUUGAAGACCGAGAAUUUCGGCAUCGAAUUCAAAUGUGGACCCAAGGCUGAUUGGUUGAUUGGUGGCAAAGAAGGGCGAGGCUCGGUUGGGUCAAUCAUUUGUUCGGCUCCUUUGAAGAAAACGGCUCGGGCUCGUUUUUCAAAAUCUCGAAAAUGGCUACAC